GGAGCCGGUCCGAGCCCGGCGAGCCGCACCGGGCUGAGCGGGGCCGGAGCCGCGGGGAGCCGGCAGCAGGAGCAGAGCCCGCCGUACACCAGCCCCCGCCUAUGCGGGGGCCGUGGCUGCCGCCCCGCUUCACCUGGUGCCCGCACGACUCGGGAGGCGAGAGCAGCCCCGAGGGGUCCGUCCCGGGGCUUGCCUGCCCGGCACCAGCCGCAUCUUUGGCGCCCUGGCCGUUCUCGCCGUCCCCUGCCCCCGUGCGAGUGCUUGGGCGUGCAGUGAUCGAUCCCGGCAAGAGUUUUGCAAAGCUCUGAAACACCUUAAGCUGCGCGCAACAACCUGUGUUCUCCGAGGUGCUGGAGAUGAGGAGUUAGUGUUCGCGACGGCUCGGCGAGGGGAGGUGUCUUCCUAAAGGGACCUUUCCUGACCCGUAGAGCCACUGGGUGCCCGCGGCGGCGGGAGGACGCAAAUGGGCAGCACGAGACCGGUGCGGCUGCUGGCGAGGAGGCAGCGGUCCCGGGAAAGGGCGGAGCGCCGAGGGGGGGUUCUCCCGGCGCUGCACUUGCUACAUUAACUCGGCGCGUCGGAGACGGCGACACAACUUUCCGGGUCUGCCCCGGGCGUCGGCGACAAGAGGCUCCUCGCCGCUCCGCUCGUCGCGCCCCAGCGGCGGCCGCUGCCCGCGGCGGACCCCGGCGGCAGCGGUGUCGUGGCUGCUCCUGACCCGGCUGGCCGGGCAGGCUAUCCCCGGGAACCGGGUGGGCAUGUCUCCCGCUCCCAGCCCCGCCGAGCGAGGCGGCCGCCGGGUCUGAAGGAGAGCGGGUGAGCCCCGCCGCCUCCCGGCCAUGCGGCCCCUCUGCGCUCCGCUCGCCCUGCUCUGCCAGGUGCUGGGUGCGUGGGCUGCCUGCGCCCUGGUCCCGGACCCCGUCGCAGCCUCUGGGCCGCCGGCGCCCCCGCAGCGCGCCCGCUCGCCGCCGGCCCCGCCGCCCCUCGCCCCGGGCCAGCGAGCGGCCGCGACGCUCCCGGGGCGCGGAACCCUCCCUGGCGGGGCCGACGCCGCACCCGGCGGAGCGACGGGGCCGGGCGGCAGCUGCGCGCCACGCGGGGCCCCGGGGACCGGGCGACGGCGGGCGCGGAGCAGCGAGCCCGGAGCCGGCGCGGCGGCGAGGAGGGGCGGGGCGGGCGGCCCCCGCUGGCUGCCCCUGAACGGCUCGGCCGGCGGCGAGGGCAGCGCCGGGGGCCGCGGGAACGCCACGGGGCGCCGCGCCCGGCUCCGCAACCCCUUCUACCCGCUGACCGAGGAGUCGUACGGCGCCUACGCCGUCAUGUGCCUCUCCGUGGUGAUCUUCGGCAUCGGCAUCAUGGGCAACAUGGCAGUGAUGUGCAUCGUCUGCCACAACUACUACAUGCGGAGCAUCUCCAACUCCCUGCUGGCCAACCUGGCCUUCUGGGACUUCCUCAUCGUCUUCUUCUGCCUGCCGCUGGUUAUCUUCCAGGAGCUCACCAAGAAGUGGCUUCUAGAAGACUUCUCUUGCAAAAUUGUCCCGUACAUUGAGGUGGCCUCUCUGGGCGUCACCACGUUCACGCUGUGCGCUCUCUGCAUUGACCGCUUCCGAGCCGCCACCAACGUGCAGAUGUACUACGAGAUGAUCGAGAACUGCGCCUCCACCACGGCCAAGCUGGCCGUCAUCUGGGUGGGCGCGCUGCUGCUGGCCCUGCCCGAGGUGGUGCUGCGCCAGCUGGCCACCGAGGAGCCCGAGUACAGCGGCAGCCCCCCGGGAGAGCGCUGCGUGGUGAAGAUCUCCACGGCCCUGCCCGACACCAUCUACGUGCUGGCUCUCACCUACGAUGGGGCGCGGCUCUGGUGGUACUUCGGCUGCUACUUCUGUUUGCCUACCCUGUUCACUAUUACCUGCUCCCUGGUGACAGCGAGGAAAAUCAGGAGGGCAGAAAAAGCCUGCACGAGGGGGAACAAGCGACAGAUUCAGCUGGAAAGUCAGAUGAACUGCACAGUGGUGGCUUUGACCAUUUUAUAUGGAUUUUGCAUCAUUCCUGAAAACAUUUGCAACAUUGUGACUGCCUACAUGUCCACAGGGGUCUCUCGACAGACUAUGGACCUCCUCCAUCUCAUUAGUCAGUUCCUUUUGUUCUUUAAGUCCUGUGUUACCCCAGUUCUCCUGUUCUGUCUCUGUAAACCUUUCAGCCGGGCCUUUAUGGAGUGUUGCUGUUGCUGCUGUGAUGAAUGCAUCCAGAAGUCUUCCACGGUGACGAGUGAUGACAAUGACAAUGAGUACACCACAGAACUGGAGCUCUCCCCAUUCAGUACCAUUCGUCGCGAAAUGUCGACUUUUGCUUCCGUGGGGACUCACUGUUAAUUGACCUUAGGACUCUAUUUCCUGCUUCUUUUUCCUUUUUCUUUUUUUUUUUUUUUUACUUCGUAUUUUUCUUCUUGAAGCAAAAUGCAGGAAAAAAAAAUCACUGUUAAAAACUUCUCUUGAAACCAAUCUGUAUUAACAGUCAUGCUUUGGAAAAUAAUUUCUUUGGUUAUUGAAAGAAAAGAGAGAGAGAAGGAGAGCCAGCACUCAGUUUUACAUCAUGAGAUUUUGUAUGGUGCUAGGAUUUCAUUGGUUGAGGAGGAGGAUCCAUAUCAAUUUAUUUAAUUCUGUAGUAUUUUUUUGAUAAUCACUGUAAAAUGUUUAUAUAGACAUUGUGGGCUUUGCAAGGUGUUUUCAUGUAAAAGACGUGGUGGAAAGUAUUUGAAGGUAGUUUUAAUCAAAUUACUGUACCCUAUUUUGAGAGGACUGGGGCUUCAGAGAAUUUAUAAAGUAGCAUAAAAAUAAAUGAGGUUUUUAUUCUUUAACUUGAUUGUCAAUCUACAUUUAACAAAGACACCUAUGAGUAGUAUUAAAUUCCUUUAAUAAGUAAAAAAAAACUUUGCAUAUCAUAAUUUAGGUGGCCAUAUUUAAUUAACACUUGAGUACUUACACUUGGAGGAUAUAAUUAGAGUGUUUAAGGAAGAUGAUUAUAAUGGUAUUAGAUUUAUAGGAGUGGGUUUUUUAAUGUUAUAUUAUGAAGGUUCAAUGUGCCUCAUUGAAAAUUUUCUUCUUAACCUGCAGGUAUGCAAAAUCUUGAGUUAUUUUAUACUUCUUACAAAGAAACACUCACUUUAUCACUGAAUUUUGUCUUGUGUGAUUUCAAAAUCAAGAUUCUUUCCAGGAUGCUAUUGGUUUAAGUUUAUUUCCUCUGUCUCUGUAUAUAUAGCUCCUACUGGCUUCAGUGAGAAGCUUCAUUGCAGAGAAAGGCAUUUUUGUGCCAGAGGUUUGCUGACAAUAAAUGUGAGGGACUGAAA